AGUCAGGCGGAGGUUGUGUCGGGCGGCAGGUAACCAACAGGUUAGUAGGUCUCAGGACACCGCUGAGCACGCUGCUGCACCACGCGCCCCGCCCCGCCCUUGCCAGCUGCCGACCCGUGCAGGCGCCACACCCUCGGCGGCCGCGCCAGCCCCGCCCUCCCGCCGUCCACGCCUCUACUCACUCCUUCCUUCUUUCCUUCCUCGGGGCCACGGCGCCAAAUUGGCGAGGCACUUGACCACUCAGGGGCCUCAUGCUCAUGGCUGCCACGCCCGUGCCAUGCACGCUCAUGCGAUAAUUCGUUUGAAAGAAGCGACACUUUAGUAUCGGGAUUUUUUAUUAUCGGACUUAUUUUCAUCCAUUUGGCUCGAUAUCGGAGGAGUCAAGGGGUGCGCGACCCUCCCGUCGGUGGGGUUCCUGGCGGAGGCGACGCCAGGGUGUGGCCCGCGUGUUGUGCUGCCCACCGGCCAGGGUGUGUGAGUGAGGCCACGCGUUCACUGCCUCGAGAGAAAGACUACAACCUGCUGACGUCUUGAGCUCGUGCUCCGCCCUAAUUAUCACGACAUAGAAUAUUCACGUGGAAGAUUCUAAUUUAGAGGUACUUCAGUGUGUGUGUGUGUGUGUGUGUGUGUGUGUGUGUGUGUGUGUGUGUGUGUGUGUGUGUGUCUGUGUGUGUUGCUCCGUCUAUUUGUCUGUCUACCUACUUUCCACUGUCCGUUUGCGUUUGUUCAUCUGCCACUGCGCACAUGAGUUGUCUUGUGUGUGUGUGUGUGUGUGUGUGUGUGUGUGUGUGUGUGUGUGUGUGUGUGUGUGUGUGUGUGUGUGUGUGUGUGUGUGUGUGUGUGUGUGUGUGUGUGUGUAAAGGUGUGCAGCCCUCCGCCGUCUCACCCUCUCCCCCCGCCGCCCCGCCUCCCCCUGCCGGCGGCCGCGUGGUGGUGUGGUGCCGAGUAACCAUCCGGGAGCCACACGGCCCAGGCUCGCGCCGCGGACUGGAGGACACUGGGCGGCUCUCCUGGGCCCUGAGCGUCGUCCAGACCCCGGCAACAUCCGUCAUUCCUUUCCCACGCUUGUCAGUGCAUGGACCACUGCCAAGCGUCCCUGAUAUAACCCAAGCAUCUCUUUUCUCGCUAAAUAUCGUAGGAGAAACAUAAUUAAAACUCCUUGUACCGUAUAUAUUGCUUAUCUCGCGUGCCUAAGCUGGAGAGCAUAACAGGAACCUCCAAAGACGGGCUGUUCCCGCUAAUCCCUCGUGACUUUGCAUAGAAACGUACGACAAAACCCUGAAAAAAAGAAAAAAAUAUACCCAGUCCUGCUGAUCGCGUGUCCGAGCAAGCGACGUAGUACCAACAGGUGGAUAUGGACACCGACACACGCCAGACGAGAGAGCAUCGUAGCGGGAUAGACUGAGAGGUGCCAAACUGCGUGCCUGACCAGCGGCCGUGUGCCCAGUGCUUCUGCCAGUGCCUGAAUACCCCUCGUACCCAAGUGCCAUGGAUGACUCCCCGGGGGAACGUCUCUCACCCGUCUCGGCUUACCUCAAGAUGGCCACCCGCGAGCCCAUCCGUCGCCACCACUCCCUCAAGUACAUCUUCAACGGGGAGGUGGUGGGUCAGGGCGUCCGGCCAGGCUCCCGCACCCCACCCUCCCACUCCGCCCUCCCGCACCUCCUCGGCGACCGCACACGACACCACUCCCUCACCAGGCUGAAAGACCUCACCUCGGGCGCCCUGCUCACUAGGUCCCGCGAGGUUGCCUUCACGGUGCCCCCGACAGUGUCCCCGUUGUCGCCCCGCCGCGGCCUCGGGGAAUGCUCACCCCUCACGCCCCGCAGGAUGGGCUCCGGGGACACCACGCCCGUUGGGAGCCAGGCGGGGAGCGAGUACGGGGGCGACUCCCGCACUACCACGCCAUCCCCUGGGCCCUUCAGAGGCUCCUUCACCGACCUGUCUGCCAUGACCGGCGGCGCGGCGGGCGGGAGUCUCGGUGGCAUCAACCCCGAGCUCUACAAGACGGACGAGCUGGAGGGUGACCUUGACCAGUACCCCGAGGACCACAUAGGACGUGUGUGGCUGCAGCUCGAGUACCACAGCGACGCCGAGAAGCUCCUGGUCACCCUCAUCAAGGCUAAGAACCUCCCGAGCCGCCUCAUCGGGUCCAUCAACUCCUGCGACCCUUACGUCAGACUGUACCUGAUGCCAGACGAGCGACGGUACCUGCAGACCAAGAUACGAAAGAAGACCUGCAACCCGCGCUUCGACGAGACCUUCGGCUUCCAGGUAACGGCCAAGGAGCUCGAGGAUCGCGCACUCAAGCUCACCUUCUAUGACGUCGACCGGGACAAGAAGCAUCAGGUGAUCGGCCACGUGCUCAUCCUGCUGAAGGAGCUCGGGGAGUGGGAGGGCAAGAGGCUGCUGCGGCGCGACCUGGAGCGGGAGGUGAGCCUCAGCCCGCGGGAGCUCGGCCAGCUGGAGGUGUCGCUGGCCUACAAUGACAACCUGGACCGUCUCUCCGUCACCGUGGGGGACAGCAUGCAGCUCAAGGUGGAAAAGGAGUUAAGGCAAGAUAAGAAUGAGUUCCAGGUCAGAAUAUCCCUCAUGCAGCAAGCUAAGGUGGUGAAGACGAAGAAAACGGGCGUCGUGAAGAGCGGGGACUCGCCUUCCUUCAACGAGAGCUUCCACUUCAAGGUCACCCCGGAGGCCCUCGACACGACCUCCAUCAGCAUCGUGGUCACCGUAGGGAAGAAAUCAGACAACGUGGUGGGUCGCGUCCAGCUCGGCUCCUUCAUGUUCGCGCGGGGCCGAGCGCUGGAACACUGGAACCAAAUGCUGGCAAAGAAGCGACAACCAGCGAAACUGUGGCAUACGCUUACCUAGACCCCCUCCGCCUCCUCCUCCUUUUCCUCCUGCUCACCCCACACACAUAUUCUCCCUCUGUUCAAACCCUCCCUUCUUCUGACUGAUAACCAAUACCCAGCCUUUCCUUCUAACUUUUCUGUUGUCCGCUUCCCACUUUCUCCCUCCAUACUUUUUCCUCUCCUUUUCAACUCUUUCUCCUCCUUUUCAUCGUCUUUUUUCUAGGCCUUUCUAACAUUCAUAUACUCUAACUCACAUGUUCUUACACUAUACCUUCUCCCUUAAUUAUUUAUAUACCUGACUAUCAUCUUCAACUUUCUCUUCUCCUUUUGUCGCUUCUUUUCUAUGCCUUUCAAAUAUUCACAUUAUCUAACUUAUUCGUCGUUCGCUUCCUACUUUCUUGCGCUAUACCUUUUUCCCUUCCUUUCACACCCAACCCUUCCUUCCUCUCUUUCCUUGCUCUUUAUUCUCUCUUUCCUCUUCCUCCCUUCUCUUCGCAUUCUACAUCAUGUCCUCGCUUCUGUUUUAUCUCCCUUCCCUCCUCUUUAUUCCCUCUUCCCUCUCCCUUUCCCUUCUCUUCGCAUUCUAGAUUACGUCCUCGCUUCUGUUUUAUCUCUCUCUCCCUCCCUUUAUUAUUUGCUCUUUAUUCCUUUAUUUAAUUCUUCCCCCUCCUCCCUUCCCCUCCUCUUCCCCUUCCUCCACACCUGUUGCGCCGACUAAACGAAACUUUCCCCUUCCUCUUUUUACCCUUCUCCCUUCCCCACCUGCCUGCCUCGGGGUAUCCUUCUCACCUGUGUUCUUUCCUUCUUCUAUUGUCUACCAUAGUCACCUUUACCUGCCUGUCACCUGUCACCUCAUCAGCCGGUCGCCUUUAAGCCAGGCGACCGACCUACCUGUGUUUCUUUUCUUUUUCUUCUUUUUUUUCCUUCCUUCCACUGGUCUGUCUUUUUCAUCUUGCUUGUGUUUUUUUUUUCCUCCCAUUUUUCUUGUUUUGGUUUUGGUUUUAUAUAAUUUUCUUUUUUUUUCUAAUUCGUGUUUUUAUCGUGUUUUUUUCUCUUCUACGUAAUGGUUGUUGUUUUUUUAAGCCCAUUUCCUCAUCCUGUAAUUUAUUUUCUU